CCAUAAUGCACCUGGAAGAAAAACCGCGCCUCGGUCGCACAAUGACGUAUGAACAUUUAGCGGGCGGCAGACUCAAAACCAUACUCACUCAGGGGCUGUUUACUGUUCAGUCAACAAGCAAAACUCGGCAGUAACAACAUUAACACACGUUAUGCAGAGAAUCAGUCGUCUGAAGCGGGAGAUGCAGCUUCUCAGUGCUGAACCUCCUCCGGGAGUCUCGUGCUGGCAGACUGAAGGACGAGUGGAUGAACUACAAGCCCAGAUCGUUGGAGGUGCAAAUACUCCUUAUGAAGGAGGUGUGUUCACACUGGAAAUCAGCAUACCUGAGAGGUAUCCGUUUGAGCCGCCAAAGAUGCGUUUCCUGACGCCCAUCUAUCACCCCAACAUUGAUAAUGCAGGACGCAUUUGUCUUGAUGCUCUGAAAUUGCCACCAAAGGGAGCUUGGAGGCCCUCUCUCAACAUUUCAACAGUACUCACUUCCAUACAGUUACUGAUGUCCGAACCGAACCCUGACGACCCACUCAUGGCUGAUAUAUCCUCAGAAUUUAAAUACAACAAACCACUGUAUCUAGAGAAGGCAAAGAAAUGGACGGCUGAACAUGCAAUCCAGAAGAACAAGGGUUGUGUGGAGACAGAAGAAAAGACUUCUACAGAGAAUAAAAAUAAGAAAGCUGCUCACAAGAGAGAAGCACUUGGUGCACAGGAGAAUUUAGAGCAUACCAAGAAAGUAUGCAUGUAGUAGGUUUAUAUUUUACAAAUGACUGAUACAUAAUGAUUAUACAUAUUGUUUCUUUGUGGUAUGAUUAUUUUUCUUGUUUACUGUUGAUGUAAAUGUAAUAAAUAUAUUUAAAGUUACACUAAA